AUGGAAGAGAAAAUUUUACAAACCCAUAUUACACUGUUAUUUUAUUUGAUGUUAAUAUUUUAUUUAAAUAAUUUUACAAUGAAUUUUAUUGAUAUGCCCAGAAAGCUGUUUAAAUGUGUAAAGGUGUAUUAUUCUUUUUUAAUAAUACUAACCAUAGUAGGAUUUUUUAAUCGAUUAUUUUCGUUAAUACGUGUAUUUAUAGUACAAACAGUUAACAGAAUUAUAAAUUCAUAUAUAAUAAAACAUAGAGUGAAAAAUGUACACAUAAACAGGAGUACCAUAAGGCUAAAAAGAAACAAUGGAAACUUAACAGUCAUAAAAAAUAAUGUUAUUUCAGGUUGUUUAACGUGCAAUGUGCAUAAGGAAGGUGCUCCAUGUAGCUCUUCAAUUGAUGAAAUAAAUUGUUCUAAUGCGGAAAGAACUGAAAAGGAGGAGAUUAGCAAGGAUAGAGGUGGUGAUAGCAUUAGCUGCUCGAUUAACAGUGAUAACAAUAAUGGAGGUAGUAGCUGUAGUAGUAGUAGUGAUAGUUGUAACUCGUGUGAACUUGCAGGAGUUACCAAAAAAAGAAAGAAACAUAGAAAACGAUCGUACAGUAUAUAUAAAUAUAUUAGUAGUGAUUUUUUUUGGAGGAAAAACAAGUAUAACUUGUUAGGAAAAGAUGAACGCAAACUUACAGAACAACAUAAUGAAGAUGUUGACAAUGAACAUGUUAAAAAUGCUGGGCUGUGUAACACCCCCGACCAGAAUAAGGAUGCGGAAACCGCUGCUGUCAAUGGAGUUAUGAGCGAAAGGGAGGAUAGUUCCCGGGACAGAGUACAAAACACUGAUGAUAAAGUAAACUCCGUUCGUAUAAAUAAGAAUUUAAAUUUUCAUAAUCAUUUAAGUAAACAAAAAUAUUCAAGUUUUUUUUCGAUCCUCUGUGACAUAAUAUAUAACUCCAAGAAUUACGUAAUAGUAAAUAACAACAUGAAAUGGUUAAGUGGCGAACCGAAUAGGGAUCUUAGUAACAGAAAGGGCAUAUAUGAUAAAAGUAAUAAUGAUAUGAACAGUUCAUGCGUAAAUGAAGCAAAUUCUUUAACGCUCAACAAACCAGAGAAGCGUGUGUUAAAAUCAAUUUUAAAAAAAGCCGUUUCCACUGAAGAAGGUAAUAUUUCCAAAAGUAAAAAAUGUAGUAAUAAACACAUACGAUUUAAUUCUCAUGUUGAAACAUAUUUUUUUGAAAAAUAUUCUUCUGAACAGGACAUGUAUAAUAAAAUUUAUGGAAAAAUACAUUUCACUAAGUUACUCGAUGAAUAUAAUUUAAUAAAUACUGACAUAUUUAGUUAUUACAAUAUGCGAUCAAAUUUAAAUGUAGUUUUUAAUGACAUAGUUAAUUCAGUAUAUGAUUAUAAGGAUAAAAUAGUUAAAAAGUUUUAA